AUGCAUGAAGGCAACGCUAAAUUCAUCAGUUCUAUCGCGUCUGUUGUGCUUGACGGUGCCCCAGUACGUCGAACAGGAUCCUUUAAAAUUGGGCGUCGGGAGUUCAGCACCACCUCAAUUUCUGACGGUCAUUUCAAGCCUAGUUAG